GGGACCCCAUGACCAGCUCGGUACUCUUCUCCGAGGGGUGAGUCAACACCAUCAAGGCUCGAAGAGGGCUAGCUGAAGCUAUCCAAAACUCUGCAACUCUUUCAUUUCCCUGCAAUGGCAACAGCGGAAGGCUCGGAAGAGUCCAAGAUAUCCAUCACCCCCCUCCUCAAGCGAUUGUGGCAUGAGUCCGACGCGAAGCCUACCUCAUCCGAGAUCGCUGCUGCACUUUCACACAUCUUCACCAACAGCCUUUCAGAGGUGCAAACGGGUGCAUUGUUGACAUGCCUACAUUUCACCGACCGCGAUCGACAGGCCGAUGUCCUUUCAAAAUGCGCCGAAGCUAUGAGGAACUUCUCCGCAGGCAUUGACUUUGAUGGCCUUUCGAAGCUUAUUGCAGAGAGGGGUAGGAAGGAAGGAAGCUAUAAUGGUGGAUUGUGUGACAUAGUUGGCACAGGCGGCGACUCCCACAACACCUUCAACAUCAGCACAACCUCCUCCAUCCUCGCCUCCUCCCUCCUCAUGAUUGGCAAACACGGCAACCGUGCCAGCACCUCGCGCUCUGGCUCCGCCGACCUCCUUUCCUGCGUCCGCCCCAAACCCCCCGUAAUAACCGCCAUCACCCCCUCCACUCUCGCUGAAAUCUAUAGCCACACAAACUACGCCUUCCUGUUUGCCCCUAUCUUCCACCCCGGCGCAAGGCACGCGGCGAGUAUACGAAAACAACUCGGCUGGAGGACGAUAUUUAAUUUACUGGGUCCGUUGGCAAAUCCUCUGCAUGAGUUGAUUGAAGCCCGGGUUAUCGGCGUUGCGCGUAGGGAAAUCGGACCGGACUUUGCGGAAUCGCUACGGCAGUCUGGGGUUAAGAAAGCAAUGGUCAUCUGUGGUUAUGAGGAACUGGAUGAGCUGAGUUGCGCGGGCCCUACACACUGCUGGCGGCUCGUUGGAACAUCAUCUGGAGCUGAGUCUGAGGCUGAAGGGGGGGUCGAGAUUAAAUACUUCACCAUCUCGCCCGAAGACUUCGGCCUCCCUUGCCACGCGCUCACUGAAGUUAGCCCAGGGCAGAGUCCGGAACAAAACGCGGAGAUAUUGAUGAGGAUACUGCGAGGCGAAGUCCAGCCCGAUGAUCCGAUUCUGCGUUUCGUAUUAAUCAAUACUGCGGCGUUAUUUGUAGUCAGUGGGAUAUGCGAUGCAGAUACGAGUGAUAUGGGUCAUGGAGAUGAUGGGAAAGUGAUUAAGGAAGUUGGCCCGGGUGGUGGGAGGUGGAAAGAAGGUAUAAGGAGGGCUAGGUGGGCGAUUACGAGUGGGGCGGCUUUGAGGCAGUGGGACAGUUUUGUUGAGGUGACAAAUAGAGUUGCAUAGCAAAUUGAUGGGUGGAUUUGGAGGGAGCGUGAAAAGGAUAGACUGAUCUAGGACUCAAAAUUCAACGUGAUACCCCUUGAAAGAUUACUCCAAUCUAAUCUCGUGGGGAUUUUAC